UGCAGCUCCGCGUUGUUCUGGGCUCGAGCUGCAGCAGCGCUGACAUGGUGAGCGGACCGGUGCGGGACAGACACCAGCACACCUCUCACCUCUCCCCGCUGCAGGCAACAAGUGGCUCAUCAAAAUGGUCUGGAUUCUUCACCAUACCUUCUCACUUCUACUCACUGUGCAUGUCAUAUAUUCAACUCUGAUUCCUGUGGGGGCCGAGGAGGAGACCAGAGAAUGCAGAGAACAGGAGUACAAGGACCGCUUUGGGAACUGUAAACCCUGCAAGCAGUGUGAUGCGGGGCAGGAGCUAUCAAAGGAAUGUGGCUUUGGUUAUGGAGAGGAUGCCCGGUGCGUGCCCUGCCGGAGCAGUCGCUUCAAGGAAGACCGGAGCCUGCAGAAGUGCAAGCCCUGCCUGGACUGUGGACUCAUCAACCGCUUCCAGAAGGGCAACUGUUCCACCACCAGCAACGCUGUGUGUGGCGACUGUCUGCCGGGAUAUUACAGGAAGACAAAAUUAAGUGGUUUUCAAGACAUGGAGUGUAUACCCUGUGGGGACCCUCCGCCUCCUUAUGAGCCUCACUGUAGCGGGCGUGUGAACCUGGUGCCGCUGCCCUCGGUGGUGACCAGCCCGCGGGACAUGGCCCUGGCCGCGGUCAUCUGCAGCGCCUUGGCCACCGUUCUGCUGGCCCUGCUGGUCCUCUGUGUUAUCUACUGCAAGAGACAGCUGCUGGAGAAGAAGCCCAGUGCUGCCUCUCUGAGGUCCCAGGACUGUCCCUACGGUGGAGCAGAGCUGUCCUGCCUGGACCCACGCUGGCUCCAAGACUUUCCCCAGAGACCGUGCUGCCAGUGUCACCUUGGCCCCGAACAAACCUGUGGUCCAGUCCACCUGAUCCCGUCUCUGUGCUGUGAUGAGAGCUGCAGUCUGGGCCACAGCCUGGAAAACAGUCCCUUCCAGUCCCAGAUGAGCCUCAGCAAUGGAAAUACACAUCAUGAUGAGGAGAGCAUCCCGAUGCAGCUGGGAGAACCUCCUGAGUCUCACUGCAAAGAGGCUGAUGGGAUGAGAGGGAGUUUAGAGCCUACAGAGUGUUUCAGGCGGCCUCAGUGCAACGCUGGACCUGCAGGGAGACUUGAGAUGGAAGAAGAUGAUGGCGAUGAAGAGGAGGGGUGCAAGUCAAAGGAGAAUUCGCCUGAGACGACCAAAAAGAGCUACAGUGAAGCUGUGACAGAUGCACUUCUUCCCAAACAGCAAGCAUCAAGUCAGGAAGGAUGACAUGGAUUUCUUUGGCUCAUGUUCCACCCUUGAACCACCCUGGACUCAACAACAGCCGCGGCCCGAUCCCGGAUGAGAUUACUCUCUAGUCCCCCCCAGACAGAUGAGCAACAGCCCCUCUCAAGUGUGGUCACACUGCCUCUUUGAAAUGCCGCUGACCUCAGCGUCCCUCGUCAAGGGGUCAAAAUAGAAUAUGUACAUAGAUGCAAACAAAAGCACUGCUGAGGAAAAGCAAAGCAUGAGGGCAAAGGGAUAGAGAUACACACACAUGCGCUCACACACAAACACACAGAAUGUGAACUCACUGGCCCAGAAGGUGAAAUCGAAUGAAGUUCAAACAUCAAGGAGUAUUGACUUCUUACAGUCGAGCAAAGUGAAUCAAACUGAGCCUCUGCUCUGCCUUAAGAAUGUCUUGCAUAUUUACAUGUAGGAGAACAUAAACUGUACCACUGACCGAGCAGGUGGUGUUAUGAAGCUUUUGUGUGUAAAGGUUACAAAUUUGAGGUGUGAAGAAAAAAGUGUCAAAGGUGAUUAUGUUGCACAUUGAAGACAAUCUUGAUAAUAUGGAGCAAGUUAUAACAAGGAAUGUCAAAGUGAUAGAUUUGUUGUAGAUACUGUAAAAUAUUAAAUAGGUACAUAUUUUUGUAACAUAGACAUGACUGACAAUAUGUUUGAUUUACUUCCCACAGUUACCGUGUUGUUGGAUGUGAUUGGUCACUUCCUUAUAUUGUUUUUGUAAUUAAACCACUUGAACAAGUUUAUAUACC